CAGGUAAAACCGCGAGAACUCAAUUGUGCGAUCGCGAGUCUCUGCAGCCUCGCUCUGAUCACGGUUGUGAGAAAAUUGAUCGUGAUUGUGAAUCAUUUCCACCACGGAUUUCUGUGGAUUCUUCAUCGGCAGUGCACUCAUCAACACCCCCAGUGAAAAGUGUGGAAAAGAGUGAGAAUUUGUGUGAAAGGCCCAGAUAGAGCUGAAUGUCAUCGAAUUGUCUGCCAUUGGAAUCCAGUGAAUAAAGUGGAAUUUGUGCCUCCAACAUCGCAAUAGACGCUGGUGAUAUUCUGGGCGGCAUGAGUGAGAUAAAUUGUUCGCAAGCGGAGUGAAUUAGGGAUUCAUCGUGAACAAAGAUGAUCUGCAAAGCGAGAGUCGCCACACUACAUUUCUUCUGGAUUUCUACCUCACUGAAUCACUCGCAAUAGGAAGUUCUCAACUCCCACCAAUCCAUAUAAAUCACCCCGGAGAGGUCAAUCGAGGAGAACCGCACACAACACACACUCUCGCGACUGGAAAUGUUCAAAGGGAUCAACGAGAGAGCGGUGAAGAGGCUCAAGGGCGCUCACUACGUGGCGACGCACGGCAGAGGCACUCCCGAUCCGCCCUACGCCCAGGCCAACCGCGGCUACUCCACGGACGGCGAGGACAGUCAGAGGGCGCCCUCCGAGAGAACCCUGUCCGAGUACACAGUGGCCAACGAGCGGGCGACGCCGCCGACGGCCCCCGCCCGCAAGUCCCGGGCGGAGAGGCAGGAGAAUGGCGUCCCGCGGGGACCGACGACCGGACCGCCAAACCGACCGCCGCCGCGAGUGCCCUCGGCGCUCAGCUACGACCAUGGCGGCGACACAGGAAGCGAUAUCUACGUGACGAGCGCCGCCUACAAAGCCCCAUCCGAAAUCAGCCGAUACAGCGCAAGGCCGCAAUCCCGGGGCGGCCCAAGGAGCAUCUAUUCAGUGGCGAGUUCCACCAAAACGGGCCGAAGCAAUCGUUCGAGGCGCGCCGCGGGCGCCACAAUCGAAGCCAUGUCAGCACCAAAUCCAUUCUGUCCAAAUGCCAAAGGCGUCUGCUGCCUCAUGCUCCUGCUCAACCUCGGCCUCAUCCUGGUCACGCUGGGCUUCGUCAUUGUCAUCCAGUUCAUGGAGCCAGUCUUUGUGUGGAUUCUCGGGAUUGUGUUCCUCAUCUUCGGCUUCCUCACGCUCAUCGGCAGCAUGAUAUACUGCGUCAUCGUCUGCCGAGACGCCAAAACACCUUCGCAGCUGAGAAACGAAGAUCUCUACUGGACGCGCCACUGGCAGAAAAACAUCGGCUACACGCCGCACGAGAUCAACUACAAGACCGAUCGAUACGACGGAUAUUCAGACAGAUACUCAGUCAGCAAGAUGAGUGGAAAGUACUCCGACCGCGAGAGCAAUCAUCGCUACUGAAUCUUCUUCUCCCAAACGAAUUAACAUCUUCCUAAAAGCAAAGCUGACCUUAACAUUCUCCCUCAUAGCGAGUUUAUUACACUGUGAGACAGAAAACAGGUGUCACGAGAAUAAUUGCAAUAUAACCAGGGUGUCUCAUACAUUGAGUUCAUGUAUCUUGUAAAUAACAAUAAAUAAUUUUUAAUAAAGUAAACCUCA